GACACAAGCGUGGCAAGCUUUGUCAUGUGGAAAUGACACUUUUCUUGUUUUGGCAUGCAUAUCUGCCACGUCAAAGUUUUUAGUUCUAUAUGAAAUUCUCAUCCCAAAACACAACAAAAUUAAAUUAGAACAGCUCGAAAAUAAUUGAAGGAGAAAGCAAUAUUUAUAUUUAUAAAAAAAAAUAAAAAUAAAGAGUAGAGAAUUAGUGAUCAAACGCACGCGGCAAGAGAGAAUACAUGGAGGCGGAGACAAGUGCAGCUAGUGAUACUCCUGUUACUAGGAAGAAGAUGAUAAUGGUGGCUAUCGAUGAGAGUGAAGAGAGUUUCUAUUCUUUGAAAUGGGCAUUAGAUAAUUUGAUCAAUGAUCCUUCUAUUAUCAUCACUCUCAUCAAUGUCCAAAUUCCUUUUACACCCAUGGUUUAUCCUGCUGGACCUGUUGUCUUUGCAACACCUACUGUUGUUGAAGCUGUGAGAAAAGGACAACAGGAGAAUGCAACUAGAAUACUCUCUCGGGCACUCCAUCUCUGCCAACAAAAGAUGGUGAAGGCGGAGACUCUGAUUGUAGAAGGGGACCCAAAAGAUAUGAUAUGUCAAACUGCACAUGAAUUGCACGUUGACCUUCUAGUAAUCGGUAGCCGAGGACUUGGCAAGAUUAAAAGGGCUUUCUUGGGUAGUGUGAGCGACUAUUGUGCUCAUCAUGUGCAAUGUCCUAUUCUCAUUGUGAAGCCACCCAAGGAAAACCCCAAAAGCAGCUAAUUAACAAGGAUAUAUCAUGUGCCAGUCUAUGAACAAUGUCAUUUACUUGAUGAUGAAUAAACACAAGUUCAUUGAGGAUUAUAAAACUUAUGUAUAUAUUAAUUAUAUUAUCAAUAAAUGGAGGUUGUAUCUGUUGUCUCAAUAGCUAGCCCAGUCCACAGGCAAUAGGUUUUUGGGUAAAAGCCAGUCGUCACAACUAGUGCAAUCUGAAUAUUUGACCCUCAUUCCUCUGGUAACGCAAGUUGCUGCAGCUUAUGUGGCUCUGUAUUUGGUUUUAAUAAAUAUAACAAUUCAAAUUAGAGAUAUCUAGCACUUCAACCUCGAUGGAACAAA